GUGAAAUAACGCUUCAUUCACCUGCCAGCAUCCUUGUGGACUCUUCUCCUUCUUGCAGACAAAGAAAUAAAAAAAAAAAUCUCCAUAAUGUCAACUGCUUUAGACUGUGAACAACCUCCAGAAAUUACAGACGACACAGAGACGAUCCCUAUUGUGGAGAUGGUACCAGCACCUGACCAUUCUCUUCCUCCUCCUUUAGAGGAUGAGUGGGAACCGAUUCCUGAAAACACCAAUGUCAAGGCUUCCUCCCACUCCUGUUCUCUACAUGGAGCAAUGUCUGUGAUCCUGGGGAUCUUCAGCUUGCUGCUCUUGAUGUUCUGUGGAUUCUUUGCUUAUCAGUAUUUUCAAAGCGUUCAGGCAUCGGAGAGCAAGAGGAAUGACCUUAAGCGAUGGAUUGAGUUUUUCCAAAACAAAGCAGAAAACUUUUUACAGGUUGAAAAAGUUCUUGACCAAAAUAAAGAAACCCUUCAGUGGCUCCAAAACCAGAAUGUUCGUGUUAUGGAGGCUCUACAAGACCUUAAGGCCCCACAGGGAGAUAGGUGUGGACCUCCUCUGAACAACUGGGUACAAUACAUGGGCCACUGCUACUACCAAACCGUGAAAACAGUUCCUUGGUUGAACUGUUCUGACCUUUGUGUUUCUUUGAAGUCAUCAUUUUUUAAGACAGAAAGGAGCAGCUUGGUGAAUAUCACGAAGUUACUCUUAGUAAGGCGGACUUGGAUUGGCCUGUAUUAUAAGAAAGACAAUAACGAAUGGAAGUGGGAGGAUGGCUCCUCUCCAUCUCCCAGCCUGGGUUUACCAGAACCAAAUGUGGAUUUCCAGGGGAAAUGUGUGUAUAUAAACGCAGACACCGUGGAUACUAAUGACUGCACAACAUCCUACUCGUGCAUGUGUGAGAAGCCUGUCUGUGCCACAAAUGCAGAAGCAGCAGCUUGAUAAAAAGUCACCUCAGUACUAUUCCGGAUUCGUGACCUGCCUGCCUUGGCUGCUAUUGUUAUGUCAUGUAAAUUGCUACUUUUCUUUCCCUGUGGUAGAAACUGAGAAAUGACUUUGUGAUGGAAAGAGAUAAGGUAUAGGAUUAAAGGGAAAAUAUCAGGGUAGUUCAGAAGACUUCAGAACCUAGUUGAUUUUGUGACAAUUAUAUAAUUGAUGUAGUAAAUAUAUCACAUAUCAUGAAUACUUAGUCUUAUAGGGUCUUUCUUAAAUUUAAAAAAUGGAUUUAUUCAUUUGAAAUUGGGACAAAAUGGAAACCUUCAGAACAAAUACAAUGAGAAAUAAUGUAACAAAUGUGUAACAUAUAAUGUACAAAGAUUGGCAAAAAUACAAAGGCAUAUUAAUACUAACAAGAAGCAAUCAAAAAUAAAAUUAAGACAAAUCUCAGAAGUCAUCUAUUUUUCAAGUUGCUUGAAAAAGUCUUCCUAGUAGAUUUAAACACAUUCAGUUCAUUUACAUUUUUAAUCCCUUGCUGCCUGUUUUAGCGAAAAAGAUAGAUAAUUCCCUAUAAAGGCUACCUAUCUAUCCAAAUGCUCUGGAUCUAUUCUUCCCUACCCCUAAAUUAUUUCAAGUUUUUAUUCUAUUAAUUACCUCCUUCACUGGAAACCACUUCCUUUUGAAAUAUAUUGCCUUUAAGACAUAAUUAUGUCCAUAUAUCUCCCUCAAUAUUCUGGGGGUUUUUUUGCAGUUUGUUUUGGCCGGGGCUGAGUUUGAACCCGCCACCUCCGGCAUAUGGGGCCGGCGCCCUACUCCUUUGAGCCACAGGCGCCUCCCAUCCCUCAAUAUUCUUAAACUUGUGUCUUCUUUUUUAUAUUUUUAAAACAACUUUAUUAAGAUAUAAUUCACACACUGUACAUUUUACCCAUUAAUGUGAAUAAUUUUUUAGUGUAUUCACAAUUAUGCCCAACCACUACAAUAAGCGAUUUUAGAACAUUUUCCUCACUUCAAAAAGGAAGCCUAAAUUCUUUACUAUCACCCUCUUAGCAAAUGGUAUCCCUAACCCUAACCCUAAGCUAUUGUCUACUUUCUGUCUCUAAAUUCCCCUAUUUUGGACUUAUGUCACAUGAGUAGAAUCAUACAAUAUGUGGUCUAUAUCAUACAAUAUAGCUUCUUUCUCUUACCAUAAUGUUUUCAAGAUUCAAUUCUGUUAUAGAACUUCUUUCUUUUUAUGGCCAAAUAAUAUUCUGUUGUUUGUAUAUUGCACAUUUUGUUAACUCAUUUGUUCAUUGAUGGACUACUUUAACCAAUUAAAAAUGUUGAUAUUUUCUGGGUUUUAUAACAUAGUGGCACCAGAAUACCCUGUUAAAAUAGCUGGAAAUUUUUAAUAGUUUUUAAAAAUGAUGUAUAGAUUUCCUAAGUAUCAUUUAUAUAAAAUGACAAUAACAAUGACUAACUUGAAAGGCUGUUAAAAAUAAGAUGGAUAUAAAAAUAUACUAGGUAAUAAUAAAAAUAAUAUGUGGAUAUUGCAAUGAAAUUCUUACCACUAUUUUAUAUAUUUCUUCUUUUUAAAUUUCAAAAUAUUAGGAGAGUACAAGUGUUUUUGUUACAUGAAUAUCUUAUAUUAAUAUAAUACA